AUGAAUAUAAACAAAGAAGAAAGAAGUGAAGUGUUUAAUGAAUUACAAGAAACAAGUAAUGAUGUUAAGAAUCAAAUUGAUGAAAUCAUGAAAAGUGUACGAGAAUAUAAUGAGAAUUGGGAAAACAGAAUUGAAGAAGAGAUAACUGAUAAUGAAAAUGAAAGUCCAGAAGAUAGAAUUAAAAGAAUCGAAGGAAUUUGUGAUAGAAAAGAAGAAAUAAUUAGAAGAAAUGAAAUAGUUAAAAAUAAAAUAAAAGAAGGAAUGAUGAUGUUAAAUAAAUUAAAGAAUAUCUAUCAAGUAAUUAAUGAAAUUAGAUAUGAAGAUAAAGAGAUAUUAUCAGAACAAGUUGAUACUAUCAUUACAAAAGUGAUGGAAGCACAACAAAUAAGAAUUGAUAAAUUAAUUGAAGAAAAUAAAAGAAGGGCAAACCGAUAUAAAGGAGAAUUAGAAGAUAUUAGAAUAGAAUGGGAAAGUAAAAGAAUUGAAAAGACAUAUCCACCAAAAUAUCAAAUCGAACAACUAGAAGAAUAG